AUGACGCCUCGAAUUAGGCUAUUUACGGAGCUGUCGAUUGUGUUUGUUAUUCUACGUAGUGGCUUCUGCGUAUCCGAUGAAGUACUUUCUUGCCUUCGACAAGAACGUUCUAAACACGAGAAUCCUGUACAGAAUGUGGUUACAGUAACAGCACAAGAGCCAGCGUACCUGCAUUGUCGGAUACCAGAAGGAUCAAAUCACAUGGUAGCAUGGACCCGUUCCUCCGAUCAAGCUCUACUCACCGCCGGUCAACAUUCAUUCACUUCCGAUCCACGAUUCCAAGUGUCCAGGAAAUCUGACACUGACUGGAUUCUCAUAUUAAGGAGAGCCGAUCUCACAGACACCGGAUGCUAUCUAUGUGAAGUGAACACGGAACCGUUGAGUACCAUCUAUGCGAUUUACUUGGAUGUACAAAAACCGGCAACGCCAGCUAUUCCUAAUCGACAACGAGGCACUCGAUUGAUGGCAAAUAUGGCCGGCGACGAGGUUCUUCUGAACUGCACAGUUUCCGUUGGCAGCGAGCAGAUUGACGAUGACGUCAUCUGGACGAGAGAUGGCAAAGCGAUGGAUUUGAAUGACACAAGCAAGUACAUUUGGAAAGUGAAGCGAUCAGCCGGCAUCAUUGUUCAUACGGUGAGAAUUCGGGAGCCCACAAUGGAGGACGAUGGGAACUACGCGUGUGAGAGCAAACAUCAACGGGCUAGCCAAAUAGUUCACGUCAAUAAAGCAGAGGCGCAACGAAGCUCAACCAAUCUGCUUUCUGCAACACUGACCACAACUAUCUCUGUCAUCAUUGUCACUAGGAUUUUAUAA